CUCCUGCUUCACUUGGUGUAAAUGACUGAUAAGCAGAUCAGCCUGCCAGCCAAGCUCAUCAAUGGUGGCAUCGCUGGGCUAAUCGGGGUCACCUGCGUGUUCCCCAUCGACCUGGCUAAGACACGGCUGCAGAACCAGCAAAAUGGCCAGCGCAUGUAUGCCAGCAUGUCUGACUGCCUCAUCAAGACCAUCCGCUCUGAGGGCUACUUCGGCAUGUACAGGGGAGCAGCAGUAAACCUGACCCUGAUCACCCCCGAGAAGGCCAUCAAGCUGGCAGCUAAUGACUUCUUCAGACAUCAGCUCUCCAAGGAUGGACAGAAGCUGACCCUGCCUAACGAGAUGUUGGCAGGCUGCGGGGCGGGCACCUGCCAGGUGAUUGUGACGACCCCCAUGGAGAUGCUGAAGAUCCAGUUGCAAGAUGCAGGCCGCAUUGCUGCUCAGAGGAAGAUUCUGGCUGCCCAGUCUCAGCUCUCGGCUCAGGGAGGUGCCCACCCCUCAGUAGAGGCUCCAGCCGCUCCUCGGCCCACAGCCACCCAGCUGACCCGGAAGCUGCUGCGGACCCAUGGCAUUGCUGGCCUCUACAAGGGACUGGGGGCCACGCUGCUCAGGGAUGUCCCCUUUUCUAUCGUCUACUUCCCCCUGUUUGCCAACCUCAAUCAGCUGGGCCGCCCAUCUUCCGAGGAGAAGUCACCUUUCUAUGUGUCCUUCCUGGCAGGCUGCGUGGCUGGAAGCGCAGCCGCUGUGGCUGUCAACCCCUGUGAUGUGGUGAAGACUCGGCUUCAGUCACUUCAGCGGGGUGUCAAUGAGGACACUUACUCCGGGUUUCUGGACUGUGCCAGAAAGAUCUGGAGACAUGAGGGGCCCUCAGCCUUCCUGAAAGGUGCCUACUGCCGUGCGCUGGUCAUCGCCCCACUGUUUGGCAUUGCUCAGGUGGUCUACUUUUUGGGCAUCGCUGAGUCCCUGCUGGGGCUGCUGCAAGAACCCCAGGCCUGAGCCUGUGGCUGCGUCUCCCCGGCCUAUGAGCUGGGGCCAGAACAGGGUGACC